AUGGUGGCUUCCUUCCUCACAUUUGUUACUUCACAGUCGACAUCGCGUCGCAGCCAAACUGCAACAAGCAAUGAUUCGCCGCAAGGAAGAACUUUAGGAUUAAUUAGCCCAAUCUUAGGUGGUUUAACUCGUAGGCGCCCAAUAGGACUUGGUGGCCUCGGCGCUCUCGGCGGCCUUGCUGGUGGAGGAUUGCAGUCUGAUCCGACCUACGGUGGUGGUUAUGGCGGUUAUGGUGGCGGCUAUGGCAGUUAUGGUGGUGGCUAUGGCGGUUAUGGUGGAUAUCCGCUUUUUGGCGGCUACCCUGGCUUAUUUGGCGGUUACGCUCCCUACGCUUACCGUCCACGACCAUAUUAUCCCCUGUAUGGGGGCUACAAUCCUUAUGCGGCUUAUCAGCGACCCAGCUAUGGUUCAUAUGCGCAGUUGUCGUUAUUGCCACUAAUGGAACGUUUCUGUAGGGCGCUACAUCCGGAUUUGGAUCUGAGUUCAACAUGCCUUAGCUGGUUUCAUCAAGCCACUGAACAUUGCACUGAAUUGAUUUUGCGAAGGAACCGCGGUUCAGUUUUCUGGCGGUUACUGAACAAGUUCAUAUUUAUCAAUCGUCAAAGAUCAUUGGUUAAUCAAAAGAUACCAAUCAGCAUACAUCCGGAUCGAUUGUCGCUUAACGACUGUAAUGCGCUUCACGUGGAAAUCGUUAAUGACUAUUUGGUACACGCGCCACGUUAUACCAUCGAAGCGGCCACCAACAUUCUACUUUGGCAAAUAUUAUUUUCCUUGUUUGGCGUAUUUGUGCUAUGCGUCUUGCUGGCCUAUACAAUAUCGGCCUAUCGCAAAUAUGGACAAUCAAUAGAGAAACCACUCGAUCCAAUUUCAUCAGUAUUUCUGGCUGAGAAACGCAUCAAUGCCUAUAUCAACCGCAACCUGCGUCAAGUUAAGUAUGAGCUGCGGCUGUUACAUGUGCGCCAUUCGAUGAAACCGGAGGACAUACUCUCGCCUAGCGGCACAACGACCUUCGUCAUAAUAGUGUCGUCAAAGCUGAAUGUGAAGAAUGGCACUUUGAAUAGGACAGCGCAUUGCAAGGGGCGUUUGUAUCGCCUGACAGAGCUGCAGCCGAAGGUGAAACCCGUAUACAAAAUACAGCCCAUAGCUAAGAUGAUGCGUUUUAUAAACAAAUACUCGUGCAAACUACGACUGACGGUGAUCUUCGACGAGGAACCGAGCUUUGAGGAAGUAAUGCAGCAACGCCAAUUAGGACCCAGAAAGACAUUCUCACCACUAACACUACCACCUUUAACGAACAAGAAAAGCCUCAGUAGGUUAUCAAUGCGCAGCAAUGCAUCGCGCUCCAAUAGUCCGCCCAAAAACAAAGCUUGCAGUGCGCGACUUUCAGCACAAAUGCAGUGUAACUUACCGCGGCGUCUUUCAAGUGUAAUGUUGAAGAAGUAG